AUGUCGUUCUGGAAGCCAGGUACGGUCGCGCCCGGUUCGUCGAUCGACCGGGAUGGUGACUCGUCCGCGGCAGAGGGGGGAGCCGGUUCCUCCGUGGGGGCCAUCACGGGCAGAGUCGCGCACAACAUCUCCGUCGCAGAGAGGAGGUAUCGGUUGCCUAUAGCCAAGCAGAGUCAGUACAUAACAUGGCGAUCUGGUCCACCGCAGCGCUGUGAGACCCGAGCGCUGAUCCUCCCCAUGUUCACCCCCCACUUUUUCUACUCGAUCGACUCUGGUCGCGACCUCGGAUCGGCGCGAACACGCAUAUGCAGAGGACGCCUUGUUGUACCUGUUGGAACAUCAUCCCGUCGUCGUGCUGCAGUCGCCCACCGGAACCGGCAAGAGUACUCAACUGCCUCAGUUCUUGCUCGAAGCCGGAUGGGCGAGCGAAGGCAAAUCCAUCGGCAUCACACAACCGAGGAGGUGAGACAGACACACUUCUCAAAAGCUCGAUCCUCUGCACCAGAAACUGACCUCAACUCGAUUGCCAUGCCCCAGGGUAGCCGCCGUGUCGGUCGCCCAACGCGUCGCCGAAGAAGUCGGCUCCGUGCUCGGCGACCAAGUCGGUUACUCGAUCCGCUUCGAGGCAUUGUGCAACCCCGAGACCAAGAUCUUAUUCCUCACCGAUGGCAUGCUCUUCAGAGAGAUCUUGUUGGAUCCGCUCUUGUCAAAGUGGGUCUGGCGAGCAUGACGCACUCCCUCAGAGGGUGACUUAUGAUCCCCAAGCUCGUUUUGAUCACACAGGUAUUCGGUCAUCAUGGUCGACGAAGCUCACGAGAGGAGCACCUAUACCGAUCUUUUGUUGGGCGUGCUCAAAAAGUGAGGUCAAGGUCACUCCUCGUCCUGGUCUGAUGUACUAAUGCUUCCUACUAAUCCCCCAGGAUCCGCCGGGUUCGACCCUCCCUGCGCAUCAUCAUUUCCUCCGCGACCAUCGAUGCCCAAUCCUUUGUCGACUACUUCAACACGUUCCCGCCUUCCUCAUCCGUAGCAUCAUCAGGCAUCAACCCCAAAGACGACUCGCACCUCCCACCACCGGCGAAAAGGUCGAGGUGGGACGAUAAGCGUAAACCAGCCAAGAGUGAGGCGGUCAUGGUUCGACUUGAGGGAAAAUCAUACCCCGUCGACAUCGCCUACCUUGAUGAACCGGCGGCCGAUCUGGUUCUCAAGGUCGUAGAGACGGUCUUUGACAUUCAUCUGAAAGUGAGCUUCGUCGCACGUCGGCUCCCAAGGCGAGAUAAACUCCGACUGACCGCUAUUUCUCACCGCACUAGUAUCCACCGGGCGACAUUCUCGUUUUCUUGACCGGUCGAGACGAGAUCGAUCGAUGUCUCCAGCAACUGGCGGACAACAUGAAUCGGAUGCCGAGUGGUGCAGCUGAUCUACGAGCACUACCUCUGCAUUCGGGCCUUUCGACGGAGGCGCAGAUGGCCGUGUUCCAACCCCCACCAUCGAGAACGAGAAAGGUGAUCGUCAGCACGAAUGUCGCCGAAGCGUCGGUCACGAUCGAUGGGAUCAAAUAUGUGAUUGAUUCGGGCUUGGUCAAGGUUCGUUUUCGAGUUGGACUUGAGCUCAAGCUGUCUUUGCAGGUGCUGACCGGUGACGCUCCGCCAUCCGCAGCUCAAAUCCUUCAAUCCUCUCACUGGCAUGGACGCUUUAGUUACGACCCCGUGUUCCAUCGCCUCUCUCCAACAACGGGCCGGACGAGCUGGCCGUACUUCCCCAGGAAAAUGUUUCCGCUUGUUCCCCUCCUCCGUCCUCCCCUCGCUCCUCCCGACAACUCCACCCGAACUCACGCGCUCCGACCUCUCCCUGGUCGUCCUCCAACUCCGUCUUCUAGGUAUCCAAAAUGUCCUUCGGUUCGACUGGAUGAAUCCGCCUAGUUCGGCGAUGUUGGAACGAGCGCUCGAGUUCUUGUUCUGUCUCGGCGCGUUGGAUGACGAGGGCAAGUUGACCAAACCCUUGGGGGAGAGGAUGGCAGAAAUGCCGAUUGAUUGUAUGAUGGCCAAGAUUGUGAGUGGAGGUGUAGGUCUUCAGGCUGAGAUGGCUCAGACGCUGAUGCGACGUGAUCGUUUGCGGUUCACGCAGUUGCUCGACUCGGCGGAAUUCGGUUGCUCGAAUGAGAUCUUGACAAUCGCGGCGAUGAGUAGCGUUCAGGUGAGCGACAGGCUGACCGUAUAGAUUCUCAAGACUUUUCCUCAGCAUUGCUGCCACGUUUCACAGAACGUCUUCAUCAUGGACGAAGGCGACUCGGUGCGCCACGAACUCGAACGACGCAAAUUCAUCGUCGAAGAAGGCGACCAUCUCACCCAUCUCAACGUCUACAACGCCUUCGUCAAACACGGUCGCAAGGCAUCAAAGUGGUGUCAUACCCAUAGGCUCAACUUCAAAGCCCUGUCGAGGGCGUUGAGUAUCCGUACGCAGUUGAAGAAGUAUUUGCAGAGGUUCGAGAUUCCAUUGAUCUCUUGUGGAACGGAUCAUGCGAAGGUCAGGAGAUGUUUAACGAGUGGGUAUUUUAGAAACUGCGCGAGGGUGCAGCCGGAUGGAACGUAUCGGAGUGUCAGGGAGAAUGCGGUGAGUCUUGGGGCUUGGACCUACUUGGACUGACCCUUCACGAGGGUUGUGGCUAAUUGUUCGGAUGCGCGUUGGCUUGGAUAACAGCUCUUACACGUCCAUCCUAGCUCGGUCAUGUUCACACGAACGCCCUUGACGCCUUAUGUCAUCUACCACGAAGUGAUCGAAAGUCAGUCACGGCUUUGUCUUGAAGGACCACGCGAAACAAACAGAAGCGGUGCUGAUGUUGAACUUGAUCCCCUGCACCCAGCUACGAAGAGGUUCAUGCGCGACGUAACAUCCAUCGAAGUCGAGUGGUUGACGGAGCUGGCACCUCAUUAUUAUUCGUUCAAAAAGACCGAAUCUGCCGUGUAG